AUGGACUCGAUGGUGCAUCCGAUUUACCCGACCGAUGUCCAGGACGGACAGACAGUCGUUCUGCCUCGUCUGGCAAUCGAGUGCGUCGCUGCCGCCGCCGCCGACAUGAGUGACGACGAAGACUUGAGCGAACACGACAUGAUGCGAACGCUUCGCGCGCUGUCACGUCAACCGCAAGACCUGCCACAGGCCCUUCGAGGACUUCUGGGACAGUUGGGAGGUGACCUGCCAAUGAUUUUUGGCGCCAACAAUCCACAGUUCCGCAUCCUUCUCGAGAAGAUCCAACCGUCAAACCCCGCGCAUGUUCAAAUGACAAGUUUGUCGGAGCUUUGCGAAAUCCUCUCGAUGUCGUCGUCGGAAGAAAUGCUGACGUUGUCAGGCUUCCGUGCUGAUGCGUUUGUUCCCGUACUGGCGGAGCUCGUGGCCGCGCCCCCGCUCGACUCGAUGGAGAUUCUUUUACUUUCGUGCCGCGCCUUGGCGAUCGUUCUCGACGUUUGCUCGUCCGCCAUCGAGAUGGCUGUCUCGGCGAACGUCGUCGCCAGUUUGUGCGACAAACUGCUCAACAUCGAGUACAUGGACGUGGCGGAGCUGGCGCUGCGUAUGCUCGAGCGUCUGUGCUCGUCCCCCGCCGGCCGCGCCGCCGCAUUGCGCGAGAACGGUCUCGUUGCGCUCCUUCAAUUUGUCGACUUUUUUGCCGUGGAUGUUCAGCGAACGGCCGCGCGCACCGCCGCGCUCGUGUGCACGGACGUUCCAUCGCUCGCAAUGGUGCAAAUCGGUGGCGGCGUGCAACUGGUCCUCAAUCUCACGCGGUCUUUCGACGCCGACAUUGUGUACCACGGCUUCGACUGCUUGAAUCGGUUGUGCCACAGCCCGACGGUGCAAGCCGACAAGGACCAGGUCAUGGCCGUGAUCGACACGGACGUUCUCGACCACGUGCUGAGCAUGUUGGCUUCGUAUCCCACGGCGACUGCCACGAGAAUGCCAGAGAACAUGAAGCCGACGACGUACGCGCUGCUGCUGCAGAUUUUGGCGGCGGUCGGUCGUGUGUGCGGCCGUCGCAUGGUCGACAGCGGGGUCGUGUCGGUGCUGUGCGCAAUCCUGACGCGGGCGGCGCCGCAACAUCGCGAGCUCGUCCGUCAAUCGUUGCUCUUCAUCGACGCGGUCGUGGUGUCGCUGAGUGCGGCACCCACCAACGACGACAGCGACGUGGUUGAGUUGGCCACGACCGCUCUGACGACGUGGCUCUUGCCGGCGCUCGUCGCGUCGUUGGCAGGUCUAGCCGACGCGACGGACGCGGCCAGUCGCGCCGUCCGCACCCUGUACGUUGACGUGUUGAACUCGAUGCUGACCACGAUCUCGCACCGCGCGCUGGUCCACGUCGAUGUGCUGUGCGCUUUUAUCACGGCGGCAUUGCAACGACCUGUGCAUCGCCGCCUGGCAACCCUCCGCGACGACGGCGGCAGCACGAACGACGUGUCGGUGGCUCUCUUCGUCAUGUCGCUCGCCCUCACCCACGCGUAUGACGUGUAUCAUGUGCGGUUUGUCCGCGACGGAGUGUACUGCGCGCUGGAACGCGUUGCGAACGACCCGAUGGCGACGGCCGAAAGCAUCGGCGCGAGCCAACUCUUGGCCACGUACGCCACGACGGGUCCGAUGACGACGCCCGUCUUGGACGACCUUGCGGCCCUUGCAAAGGACCUGCACGCGGCGCCACUACGUCUUACGGGGGAAACGAUUGCCGGUCGCUUGCAACGUGUGUUUGGUGUCGGCAGCGCCACGCCAUUUGAGCUCUCGACAAGUCUGGUCGUGCCAGCGCUGGUGGCCUGUUUCGAAUCGUCGCCCGACGCAAGUUGUGCAUUCCGCCGUGUCCUGGCGUGCGUCGAUGCAACCAAGUGGGUGGCGGCGCUCGUGUCGUCGUUGCAAGAGCUCGUGGUGUGGCAUGUGAACCACCCGCCGUCGACGACUCAUGAGUCGACCACGUUGUCGUUUGCCGACGUGGUGGCAGCGAUGUCAGCGACAGGGACGUCACCGUCCGUGUUUCGACAAGGCGGCGGCGGCACGUCUGCGAUAGUGGCCAUGGUCGAGUUGCUAGGGCAGCACUUGAAGGUGCGCCUUCGCGUCGACCACGAUGACGACGCAAACAAGUCGACCGGACGGCGAGACACGGUCGUACUGGUGGAGCCGUUGGCACGCAUCGAGACGAUGGAGGCGUUUGUCGCGGAGAAAUGGACGGGGCGAUCCCAGCUCGACGAUGACAGCGAUGGCCUCGAUCGACGCCGUGCGACCGUCGCGUCAGAAGAAGUCAAGACGCAUGUUUACACGAGUCUGGAUGGCGACGUCCUGGCGCCGUCCAUGACGAUCCUGGAAGCCCUGCUUCAGAGCAAGCGUCGUUGCAACAAGGAGGAGGCGUGGUCCAUCGACGCGUUGUGGAGCGACGCGGUGCCGUUGACAUUCCACGUGACCGAAGCCACCGCAGCGCCUCCGCCGCGGAACUCGCCCCCGCCAGUGGAAAAUUACAAGGCGGCAUUGUCGACGUCCCAUCCAUCUCUUGCCGCAAGUUUGGCCUUGCUCGAGCUACUCCACAACGUGUCGGCCGUCCCGGCCAAGGCGUUUGAAGUGCCAGCGCUCGCGGUGCACAUCCAACGCACGUGCUUGAUGCAACCCCUUGUCGUGGCGCUGGCGGCAUUUCCCGAGGCGGCCCUGGCGAUCUUGCACUCGUAUUCGUUCUUGCUCCCGCUCGAGACCAAGCUGCACUUUUUGUACGCGUCGAGCUUUGGGGCUGCGCGAGCCAUCGUGUAUUUGUCGAAAACGCUGUGGAAAGCGGAGGCGGCCGCGACGGGUGCGCGGGCGACAGAGGCCACCGGGGCGCGCCGCCAGGAAGAAGCCGCGUUAGCCGCUGCAGUCGCACGUGUAGCCAAGAUUCCGCGGCUCAAGGUGCGCGUGGCGCGGUCGAAGCUGCUGCAGUCGGCAGUGAAACUCAUGACGUCGUACGGCGGCCAGAAUGCAAUCCUUGAGAUUGAGUACUUGGGCGAAGUGGGUACAGGGCUGGGCCCGACGACCGAGUUUUAUUCGCUCGUUAGCCAGGAAGUGCAAGCAAAGCAGCUCAAGAUGUGGCGCCACGACGGCGAUGCGAGUGAGGAUGCCGACGACGAAACGAAGCGGAUCCCUGCCACCAUGGAAACCAAGGGCGAAGCAACUGAACAGCCGCCGUCCCACCACGCGUUGCCCAUUCGUGGGUAUCAUCGCAUCGCCGUCAUUCAUUGCAAAGCAUGCACGCACGUCACGCUGCCGAUCUGUCCUGUGCACAACGUUCUGCUCACUCAAUCGAACGAUGGCAGCACCAAGCCAACCAGCACGACGGAGCCGCAAUGCCAUGUGUGCGCGCCGCAAAGCGCGUGGUCGCUUCAAUGCGGCCACUGCACCGUCGCUGCUGCUGCUGAACGAGGCCGGCCGGCGCCAGCCGCGACGUCGGGCGACGUGACGUGGCGGUGGUGGAUUGUGAGCGACAGCGAAGUCGCGUACUUGGCCCAAGCGUAUCCCCGCGGCAAGACGAGCGUCGUCCACCCCGUGCUGCAAUGCUCGCACUGCGACACUGUCACGUUUCCAGGGACGGACGCUGGACUGGUCACGAUGGACGGCGACCGCAUGACUGCGCGCAAUGGCCGCCGCAUGUACGAGCGCGACUACCGCGCCGUCACCAAGCAUGCGUCCGUGCACUGCGAGGGCACGCCGCUGGCUCAAACCACCGUGACGCUGCUGCAGUCGGACGUGCAGGCGCUCGUCGCCCUGGUCCCGCCAAGCCCGCAAGUGCUGGACUCGCAGGUGGACGGGUUUGAUAUGACGUCGUCCAUCUACACUGAGCUCGACGCGAUCGUGGCCCCGCAUGGACUGUACCCUCGGCCGAUAUCGCCGACGUCUGCGCAGGUCGUGCUCUUUGACUUUCUCGGCAAGCUCGUCGCCCAGGCACUUGUGGACGAGCGACUGCUGGAUCUGCCGCUGGCGGUGCCAUUUCUACGACUGGUGCGAGGCGAGGUGCUGCACACGCCGUUGUCUGACGCGCUCGCGCACAUUUCGAUUCUCGACCCGACGCUCGGCCGGUCGCUGACGUACCUGUACGCCCACCGCGACGAUCCGUCGGUCAACGACAUGGGGCUCACAUUUGUCUUGCCGCCGUCUCUGCCGCUCUGCGAGAACGGCGAAGCCCGACCCGUCACCACCGACAACGUGGUUGCGUACGUGGAAUUGGCGGCGGCCGCGCUGCUGCACACGUCGGUCCAGCGCCAAGUGGACGCAUUCCGUGCCGGGUUUUCGUCGAUCGCGCCGCUCGACGUGUUGACGAUGCUGUCUGCCGACGACUGGAGCGCGAUUCUCGCCGACCCGUCGCGGGAAAUGUGGCCAGGAGGCGCCGACGAGAUCCGCGCCGCCAUGGUGUGCGACCAUGGGUACACCCCCGAGAGUCGCGCGAUUCAGUGGCUGGUCGAGAUCCUCGCCGAGUUGACACCUGACCAGCAGAAACUGUUUGUUCGCUUUGUGACGGGGUCGCACCGCCUUCCGAUCGGCGGCCUCGCCAAGCUCGACCCGACGCUGACCGUGGUCCGCAAGCUCACGGCGGACGACGCGGCAUCAAACGACGCCAUGCUCCCGUCCGCGUCGACGUGCACCAACUACCUCAAACUCCCCGACUACACGUCGAAACAAGUCAUGCGGGCCAAACUUCUCUACUGCAUCGAGGAGGGCCAGCUCAGUUUCCACUUGUCGUAGCACUCGAUUAAUGAAUUUUCGAUCGCACCAUCACGUCGUUUGCCGUCCCAAGUCGAUCGUGCCGCCUUGGACGAAUAUCGCGCGAUGCUGCUGUUGGAGAGGCCCUGUUUCGUACGGCUCGAGAUGGAGAU